AUGGCGCUUGUUGUCGGAGGAACCGGCAGCGGGAGCGGAGACGGUGCGCGCGGCGGCGGCGAGGCGCGUCAAGUGUACCCGUCUCUGACGAACACGAAUUACACCAGUUGGUGUAUUCAUGUUCAAGCAAUCAUGGAGGAUCGUGACGAGUGGGAGGUCGUGGAACCAGAUCCGGCGGCGGCGGCGCCGACGGCGGAAGAGGCGGCGAAGCUGAAGACGAAGGACAAGAAGAUCAAAGCACACCUUCUUCAGUGCAUCCCCGAUGACAUCUUGAUGCAGGUGGCCAAGAAGAAGACGGGGAAGGAGGUGUGGGAUUCAUUGAAGGCGAGAUUCGUUGGAGCGGAACGGGUCAAGGAUGCGUGGCUUCAAACGCUCAAGAGCGAGUUCGACGGUGUCCGGAUGAAGGAUGACGAACCGCUUGAUCAGGUUGUUGCAAAACUGUCGACGCUGUCAGUAAAGGUCAACGGCUUGGGGGGGAGUUUGGACGAUGCGGCGUUGGUGAAGAAAUUGUUUGACAUCGUCCCUGAUCACUACCUCACAGUUGUGGCUGGGAUCGAACAAUUUUAUGACCUGAAGACGAUUGCUUUCGAUGAGGCAGUCGGGUGCCUGAAGGCGUUUGAGGAGCGCACGUCGCGGCGUAGCGGUGGUGGCGCGAAGACCCCGGUCGGGCAAGUACUACUUACCCAGGCGGAGUGGGAGGCCAGGCAGAAAUCUGCCGGUGGUGACUCGUCCGGGAAGGUGAAGAAAGGAGAGAGCAGCAGUCGAGGUCGAGGCCGCGGCCGUGGUGGUGGAACAGGCGGUCGCGGUGGGAGAACUGACAGCGGCGAUGGCACAGGAAAGCGUGACAAGAGUCACAUAAAAUGCUUUAAGUGCCAUGAACACGGGCACUAUGCUAAUCGAUGCCCGGGAGGCGAGAAGAAGGCUGAGGAAGCAAAUCUAGCCAAAAUCGACAGAGAGCCGGCGGUGCUGCUGGCAGAAACUGUGUUGUCGGACAGGCUACAGUACUCUAAAGAUUUCCAGGUUUAG